UGUUGGUUUCCCGGUUCAAAGAGCGGCCUGGGGACGCGGGGCGAGCGGGUGCGAAGCCGACCCGAACGGACGUUGGGUGUUGUUGCUUUGGGUUCUCUCCGAAAACUUGAUGCGUCGUUUGAAUAAAUACCAUUUCCCGAAGAGCCCGGGUUUGGCGGUGGUGAAUUUUGAAAAACUCCAAAUCUCAUUUGAAUGUGAAAAGUUAGAGGCAGGUUUCUGCGCCGGUGGUGUUUUUCAAGUUUUCUGUGAGACGGUGGUGAUGAUGGUGUGGACCCGGGCCGCUGCAUCAUCAUCAUCACCUUCACCUGGGCGCCUGCUAGGCUCCCGCACCUCCCUCCAGUCCGGCCCAGGAAACUGCAGCCUUCCUGCAGGAUGCUGUGUUCGCUGCUCCUUUGUGAAUGUCUGUGGCUGAUCGCUGGCUUUGCUCAUGAUGAUGACUGGAUUGACCCCACGGACAUGCUCAACUAUGAUGCUGCUUCCGGAACAAUGAGGAAAUCGCAGGUGAGAAAGGAGGUCAGUGCUGAUUCGUCAUACGCUGAUGAAUUGUCGGGAUGUUACAGCAAACUUGAUUCUGUAAUUCAUAAGGUUGAUGAAUGUGAAAAGAAAAAGAGGAAAGACUCUGAAAGUCAAAAUAAUCCUGUUUUUAGGAGAUACUUAAAUAAGAUUUUAAUUGAAGCCAGGAAGCUUGGUCUUCCUGAUGAAAACAGAGGCGACAUGCACUACGAUGCCGAGAUUAUCCUCAAAAGACAGACCUUGGUAGAAAUAGAGAAGUUUCUCAAUGGGGAAGACUCGCUGCCAGGCGCCCUGGAUGACGCACUAAGUGAUAUUUUAAUUAAUUUUAAGUUGCAUGAUUUUGAAAGAUGGAAGUGGCGAUUUGAAGAUUCCUUUGGCGUGGAUCCAUAUGAUGUGUUUAUGGUGCUUCUGUGUCUGCUCUGCAUCGUGAUGCUAGUAGCCACCCAGCUCUGGACGUAUGUUCGUUGGUACACCCAGUUGAGACGUAUUUUACUCAUCAGUUUCCUCAUCAGUUUGGGAUGGAAUUGGAUGUAUUUAUACAAGGUGGCUUUCGCGCAGCAUCAGGCCGAAGUCGCCAGGAUGGAGCCGCGCAGCAACGUGUGUGCUGAGAAGAUGGACUGGUCUGGCAGCCUCUGGGAAUGGUUUAGAAGCUCCUGGACCUACAAGGAUGACCCGUGCCAAAAGUACUAUGAGCUCUUACUUGUCAAUCCUGUUCUGUUGGUACCACCAACCAAGGCCCUGGCAGUGACGUUCACCAACUUCGUGGUGGAGCCGUUGAAGUACAUCGGGAAGGGAGCCGGGGAGUUCAUCAGAGCGCUCAUGAAGGAGAUCCCGGGGCUGCUGCACGUCCCCGUGCUCAUCCUCAUGGCGCUGGCGGUCGCGAGUUUCUGCUACGGUGCUGGACAGUCGGUCUUUAUGCUGCGACCCUUCGGUCCCGCCCGAGAGCCGCCCCUGGCUCUUCAGCCAGGUGACAAGCGCCAGCAGCAGGAAAUUGACUAUAGACCCCGUGGUGGAGCAGGUGAUGCAGACUUUGGUUCUAGGGGCUACCCUGGCCUCAUUGAGCACGGCCCGUAUGACAGACGGUGUGAGAGUAGAAGAGAUGUUGGGAGAGAGAGAGUUGUUGACGUGAGAUUUCAGACUGGCCACAAGAGCCCCGAAGUGCUCCGGGCGGUUGAUAGACCAGACGCAGAGGCGCGAGAGCAUCCCGCGGCGCCCAGCGCCAGAGAGACUGACGGAGCCCCGGAAGGAAGUGCACCCCGGGAGGAAGCGCACCCCGGGAGGAAGGCAGAGGGCAGCACCGAGAGCAGCCGGCACCCUGAGCCCGGCUCUGGCCAGGGGGCGCCAGGGGUGGCAGAAGAUCCUGCAGCGGGAAAGGCCCCACUCAGGACUCAGGACGAAGGCAGCCCCAGCCCCGAGGAGGGCGGCACGCCCCGCCCAGUGAGCACGGCCGUCGCGGAAGCAGGUGGGAGGGACCCGGCCAGCGGCCCGUGAGGCUGGAGGAGCCCUGACUGGCACCACAGCUCGGAGGCCAUCUUUUCGUAAAGAAUCUUGUAAUGUACACCCUUCACAACUGUUUACUACAGAUUUCUGACAUUUACUCCAAAAAUGUGCCAACUUAAGAGUUAAUAUUUUUACUGACAAUCAGAAUAACACAUGUAUUUCUGUUCAUUUAAUUUCUUUUAUCUGUUUUAUUAUGUAUGCUCUUUGAUGUUAAGAUACAUCCCAUGAAGUUUCAAAGUAGUAAUUGUGGAACAGGAUCUCAGGUGAACAAGUAUGGCAGGCAGUACUGAUUCCCAGUACUUAAGGAAGCCAGUGGGAAUGAGGGACAGUGAACAAGAAGUUUUCUUGUUUACGGGCACACACGGAGCCCGGUAACCGAGGUGUGUGCUGCCUGGUGGGAGUCCUGUAAGACCGGCCUCAGUCAGGGGACUAUUUGCUCACUGUGCACGGCACCCCAGAGGGGCGGGUACUCACAACCCGUUUCUAAGGAAAGUCCACUCUGCAUGUCCUUCAGCAUCUCCUGGGCCGCGGCCCGCACUACAGCGUCCGUGUCUGCAGGCGGCACACCCAUCCGAGUGGCUUUGUAGCCUCUACUUGCAUCUCUCAACCCGCAGCUGUUGCUGGGGCUGCUUCCUCGUCACCCCUUUCACUCUCCUGAGACAGACUGGCGAUGGGGGGACUUCGGGUAGCAGCGUGUGCGGUAAUCUCAGCUCAGGUAGGGAUGUUUCCCCGCGCGGUGAAGGGUGCAGACUUUGGAGGCCCGUGGGCCUGGCUGCUCAGAACCCCAGCAGCGCGGACUGUUAGCUGUGACAAUUUCUUACUUGCAUUCUAGCAAACCGUGUGGUCAGGGCCGCAGAAGUCCUCCUUUUCAGAGGUUGCACAUAGAGAAGAAUACCAUGGGGAAAACGGAAUAGGUGUUUUUCCUAGUGACAGACAAGUGAUAAAUCAGCGUUUUAAAUUACUUAUUCUGAGUUUUAAAACUAGUCCUCAUUUUAAACUGGAAAAAAAAAACUUGUGUGUUUUGCUGGUUGGUACCUAGCUAGAGAGCAGAUUUCACAUACAUUUAAGAGUCCCUUGUUUUAACAUUCACACUAAAAGUUACGUUCAGCUGCUCACUCAGAACGAUGCCAGUCGGGAAUAGGCUUAAAGGUACGUGCCCUUCAGGUGUUUGUUUCAGAAAAAGAGACUUAUUCAAAGCGUUUGCUUUCUGAUGGUUUUUAAAACUUUUUAUUUUUCACCUACAGCUUUCAUUUAAUAAUGUUUUGUAUUAGUUUCAGGUGUACAGCAUAAUGCUUAGGCAAUCAUAUACUUUAUGAAGUGGUCCCCCGAAUAUUUCUAGUACCACCUGGCACCGUACAUAGUUAUGGCAAUAUUAUUAUUGCUCCCUAUGCUGUACUUCUGGUAUGUUUUUUACAUGAAAUCUAGUUUAAUAUUGCGGACAUCUUUAGUAUUUCUUCAGAGAGAUGGUAAUUUUUUCCAAGAAAUACACAAAGAAUUGUAUAUAAAAAUUUAGAACACUAGGUACGUAGCAAGUGAACAAAGGACCGGGUGCCCGCAGUUUGGAGUAGAUUUGGUGGAACGAGACCUGUUGGCUGAGGGGACCUGCUCCGGUGGAGCUGCCCUGAGGAAUAAUGUUGAAUGUUUACAGGGUCUAAGAAUUAGAAUAUGUACACAAUAAACACUUAUUUUUAUAUUA